AUGCAAUUUGCAACCAUUCUUUUCGCUGCCCUCGUUGCCGCCGCUCCAACUAAGAGAGAGACUACAUGCAAAUUCCCAGAUAACAAGGGCCUUGUGUCCGUUACUUCCAGCAAGAGCAAUGCUGGUUGGGCCCUUUCGCCAGACCAGAAGUGCACGGCUGGUUCUUACUGUCCUUACGCUUGUCCUCCAGGCCAGUUGAUGGCCCAGUGGGACAAAUCUGCCAAGAGUUACACCACUGGUUCUUCUAUGAACGGUGGUUACUUCUGUAACGACGAUGGUGAACUUGAAAAACCAUUUUCUGAUAAAGACCUUUGUGUCAACGGUACUGGUACCGUGGAGGUGAACAACAAGGCCAACAAGAACGUUGCCUUCUGCCAAACUGUGUUGCCAGGUAACGAAGCCAUGUUGAUCCCCACCGACGUUGACGGAGGCAACACCCGUACGCUAGCUGUUCCUGAUGAAGACUACUACGCAUCCUCGGCUGCUCACUACUACAUCAACCCAUUGGGAGUUUCCACCGACGACGGAUGUGUGUGGGGUACCAAGGACAAGGCCCAGGGUAACUGGGCUCCAUACGUGGCUGGUGCCAACACGGACUCUUCGGGAAACACCUAUGUCAAGAUUGGCUGGAACCCUAAGUACAUUGAUGACUUUAAAGACAAGCCUCUGUUUGGCGUUCGUGUUACUUGUGCCGAUGGUGAAUGCAACGGCUUGGACUGCGAGAUCGAUCCUUCCAAGGAUGGAUACAAUGGCAUUAACGGUAAGGAUACCGGCAAGUCGCUUGGCGCCUCGUACUGUGUUGUUACUGCCAAGAACAAGAACAAGGCCACUAUUGAGGUUUUCUCUGUGUAA